CAUUUUCACAGUUUAUAUAGUUUUGUAUUCGGUUAUUCACUGAAUUCAACAUAUAUCAUCAACAAUGAUUAAUGUUUCGUUAGUUUGAAACAGAUGUAAUCUUAAAAUAACCAUUUUCCGCGUACACCAUCGAAUCGUUAUCGAUAAAUUCGUCCUUUACUUAUCAAUCACAUGAUUAAAGCAUGGAUUUGAUUAUCGGUUAAUUUAAAGUUUCUUUCGUGAAUAGAACAAGAAUUGGAAAAAUGCGAGCUGUUAUACAACGAGUCAAAUCUGCAUCGGUGACUGUGGAUGGAAAAUUGAUCUCAAAAAUUGGUCCAGGAUUGUGUGUCCUCAUUGGAAUAUCUCGUGAUGACAAAGAGACUGAUUCAGAUUGGAUCAUGAAUAAAAUUCUGAAACUUUGUCUAUUUGACAAUAUUGAAUCUGGCCGCCGAUGGUCAUCAAACGUUGUUGACCGUCAACUUGAAAUACUUUGUGUAUCACAAUUUACCUUAUAUGCAACAAUGAAGGGAAAUAAACUGGAUUUCCAUCAUUCAAUGGAAUCGACUACUUCGCGUAUCGUAUACGAAUGUUUAUUGGAUAAAAUGCGUCGUUCAUAUGAUCCUUUGAAAAUUCAUGAUGGUUUAUUUGGUGCAUUUAUGGCCUUAGAUAUUGUCAAUGAUGGUCCAGUUACGAUCAAUAUCGAAUCACCUCAGAGUCCUGUUGAAAAGCAAAAAAGCAACGAUGGAAACAAAAGCUGAAAACGAAUGAUUCAACAUAUUUUUUUAAUAUUACUUAAUAAAAAUAAUGAAAUGUUUAUGACAAGAAGUGGUUCACAGAAUAAAUAUUUAUAAUAAAAAAAAGUCAAAUACAAAUCAAACAA